CAUAGCCAUCCACCGGCUCAUUCUAACCCGCUCCCCAAACAGUCCCCAGGCCUCUCACGCCUAAACCCCUAUUACCCGUACGGAGCUUCAGCAAUCCUAAACCCCAGUCUCGAAGGCUGGCGCCAUUACUUGCUCUUUAUCAAAACUGAGCUUUGCGCUGAGAAUUUUCGUAGCUUAGCGAAAUGGAUGUGCCUCCGAUUGACAAGGAGAUUUCUGAGGAGUUAGAUUUGAGAAUAAACAAGUACCUUAGAGGCGGUGCUGUGAAUUUGAAGGGUUUAGAAGAUAAAAAGCUCAGAGGUCAACUUGCCCAUAGAGAAAACUUGUUCGGAAAAUCUGCCAAAGCUGCUGCUAAGUAUGAGAAGUGGCUUAUGCCAAGUGAGGGAGGGUAUUUGGAGGCUGAUGGUCCAGUAGAGAAGACAUGGAGAAUCAAGCAGGAAGAUAUUGGGCGUGCAGUAGAUAUCUCGAGUGCAAGGAAUCAACAUGAUGUUAUUUUACCAGAAUUUGGUCCGUACACAAUGGAUUUUACCUCGAGUGGUCAACAUAUGGCUGUUGCUGGACGCAAGGGCCACCUGGCCGUUGUUGACGUGAAGAAUUUGGCAGUACGGAAAGAGUUUCAGGUUAGAGAAACAGUGCGUGAUGUGGUAUUCUUGCACCAUCAGUUGUUCUUUGCUGCUGCUCAGAAAAAAUAUACAUACAUUUAUCGUCCAGAGGGUGUAGAAGUUCAUUGCCUAAAGGAACAUGGUGCAGUGUUAAGGCUUCAGUAUCUGAAAAAUCACUUCCUCUUGGCAUCCAUAAACAAUUAUGGGCAGCUCCAUUAUGAAGAUGUAUCAAUGGGUGCUAUGGUAAAUAAUAUCCGUACCGGCUUAGGCCGUACUGAUGUAAUGCGUGUGAAUCCCUACAAUGGAGUUGUUGCUUUGGGUCAUUCAGGUGGAACAGUUACCAUGUGGAAGCCCACCAGCUCUGCUCCCCUUGUCAAGAUGCUGUGCCAUCAUGGGCCUGUUUCGGCACUGGCAUUCCAUCCUAGUGGCCAUCUCAUGGCCACAGCUGGGAAAGAUAAGAAAAUUAAGCUUUGGGACUUGAGGAAAUUUGAGGUUCUCCAGACUUUUCCAGGCCAUGCGAAGACCUUGGAUUUCAGUCAGAAAGGUUUGCUUGCAUGUGGAACUAGUUCCUUUGUACAGAUUCUAUCUGAUUUGUCUGAAAGUCGCAAUUAUAGCAAAUAUAUGGCUCAUUCGAUGGUGAAAGGUUACCAAAUCAAUAACGUGUUGUUUCGACCGUAUGAAGACGUUCUAGGCAUAGGGCAUUCCAUGGGCUGGUCUAGUAUUCUUAUUCCAGGUUCUGGGGAACCCAAUUUUGAUUCUUGGGUGGCUAACCCAUUUGAAACAAACAAACAGCGGGGAGAGAAGGAAGUGCACCUUCUUCUUGACAAGCUUCCGCCAGAGACAAUUAUGUUGGACCCUUCAAAGAUUGGUACAGUGAAGCCGGCAAGGAAGAGAGAGAAGCCGACGAAGAAGGAAAGAGAGGCCGAGAUGGAAGCUACCUUAGAAGAUGUCAAGAGCAACAUUACCCUGAAGAAGAAAACAAAGGGAAGGAAUAAACCGAGUAAGAGGGCGAAAAAGAAAGAGGUGAUUGUUUCUAAAGCUAAAAGAUCUUUGUUGGAGCAGAUGCAUGAAGAACCAUUGUCCAGAAAGAAGCAGAAAAUUAGUGAGGAAGUUGCCCUUCCGAAAUCUUUGCAGCGGUUUGCUCAUAAGAAAGCACCAACUUGAUUUUGCUAGUCCAGUCACUCCUUUUUAGCCUUUUUUUUAUAAGCUGUUUUGCGUUUUCAUAAAUUGAAUUCUUUGUAUUUUGGAUCCUUUUUAAGUGGGAACAAUUGGGCCGUGUGAUAAUGUUUGGGGUGAUACAAAUUCUACCGCAAUUCAUUUACAACUUCACUUGGCAGUUUUUGA